UAUGGGCCUGUCCUUCAUCCUGUGGGCCGCGGCAGCAUCGCCGUCAUGAACUCCUUGGAGCAGGCCGAAGAAAAAGAGUUGAGCACAAACGUGUCGAAACGUGAUGUCAGACGUAGACAUGACGACCUGAAGGCCUUUGAGAGAAGACUGACGGAGUAUGUCUCCUGUUUGCAGCCUGCAACAGGCAGGUGGAGAAUGAUUCUGAUAGUGGUGUCUGUCUGUACUGCUACCGGGGCCUGGAACUGGUUAAUAGACCCCGACACACAGAAGGUCUCUUUCUUUUCAUCGCUGUGGAAUCAUCCUUUCUUCACCAUCAGCUGCAUCACAUUGAUAGCACUCUUCUUCGCGGGGAUACACAAACGUGUUGUAGCACCUUCCAUUAUUGCUGCUCGCUGCCGCACAGUUUUAGCAGAAUACAACAUGUCCUGUGAUGAUACGGGGAAACUUAUCCUGAAACCUCGACCCAACAUUCAAUAACUGUGAACUGGUGCGCUCUGUUCACACCGAAACGUGUGCAGGACACGUGCUGACAGCUGCUGGAGCCGCUCGCACUCUCCAGUCCUAACAACGCAGAGGCAGACGACUUCAUCGUGAUGGAGACGCAGGAAUGAACUGAAAGGGCCUUUUAGCAAUGUGGCAUCUGCACUCAUGGCCUUUGAUAUAAUUUUACACUCUGCAUGAGUUCAGAUUGUUUAUUUCUGAUGUUCAGCAUAAAUUUUAAAUAAAUGUUUUUAUUUUUAGAACUGUUUACCUAAUAAAUGCGUCAAU